AUGUCUCACCGAAAGUUUUCGGCCCCGAGACAUGGACACAUGGGAUUCACCCCGAAGAAGCGCUCCCGUACUUACCGCGGAAGAAUAAAGGCUUUCCCGAAGGAUGACAAGAGCAAGCCAAUCCAUCUGACUGCCUUCCUCGGAUACAAGGCCGGUAUGACCCACAUCGUUCGCGAUGUCGACAAGCCGGGAUCGAAGGUCAACAAGAAGGAGGUCGUCGAGGCUGUUACCAUCAUCGAGACCCCACCAAUGGUUAUUGCUGGAGUCACCGGAUACGUCGACACCCCGCAAGGACCACGCGCCCUUACCACCAUCUGGGCCGAGCACUUGUCGGAGGAGGCUCGCCGCCGCUUCUACAAGAACUGGUUAGUUACAUUCUUUGUUUUCUUUUUUUCAUAUGGUGGUGAUGGUCGUUGCCGGUGUUAUUGUAUUGUUUCGUGAUUCCAAGUUGUGUAUUUGCAGUCGCGUUUCUGAAUCGGUUGCCUUCCGCUGUACUUAUGUACAUGAAGGACAACGAACAGAGUGGCUAAAGCGUCCUCAACGCUGAAAGGCACUUCGUUCGUAAUCGUAGAAACUACAGGGCUAAGUCUAAGAAGAAGGCUUUCACCAAGUACGCCAAGAAGUGGCAAGACGAUGACGGAAAGAAGCUGAUCGAGUCUGACUUCGCCAAGCUGAAGAAGUACUGCUCUUCCAUCCGUGUGAUCGCUCACACUCAGGUAACGUGUAUUUGUGUUGUAGAAUUGUUUCAUGUCCUAUUUUUAGAUGAAGAUCCUCCACCGUCGCCAGAAGAAGGCUCACCUCGUUGAGAUCCAAGUCAACGGAGGAACCAUCGAGCAGAAGGUUGACUGGGCCCGCGAGCACCUCGAGAAGCAGAUCCAAAUCGACACUGUCUUCGCUCAGGACGAGAUGAUCGACACUAUUGGUGUUACCAAGGGACAUGGAUUCAAGGGAGUCACCAGCAGAUGGCACACCAAGAAGCUUCCUCGCAAGACGCACAAGGGUCUUCGCAAGGUCGCUUGUAUCGGAGCCUGGCAUCCAUCCCGUGUGGCGUUCACCGUCGCUCGUGCUGGACAGAAGGGAUUCCAUCACCGCACCAUCGUCAACAACAAGAUCUACCGCAUCGGAAAGUCUGCUCUCACUGAGGAAGGAAAGAACAACGGAUCCACCGAAUCCGAUCUUACCCAGAAGACCAUCAACCCAAUGGUUUGUUUGAUGUUUAAGCUAGUUUAUUCGUUCUAUGAUGAGAAAGUCUGCAAUUCGUACUCUGUAUGGCGACAUAAGUUACUUGCUCUGAGAACACAUACUAUCGAGACUCAUAGCUUCUUACAAAAUUGUAUUUUUAGGGAGGAUUCCCAAGAUACGGACUUGUCAACCAGGACUACGUCAUGCUUCGCGGAGCUAUCCUCGGACCAAAGAAGCGUCUCAUCACCCUCCGCAAGUCGCUUAUCACUCAAACCAAGAGAGUCGCCCACGAGAAGAUCAACCUCAAGUGGAUCGACACCAGUUCCAAGACUGGUCACGGUCGCUUCCAGACCACGGCCGAGAAGCGUGCUUUCAUGGGAAAACUCAAGCGCGACUUCCUUGCCGAGGCUGAGGCCAAGGCUUAA